CCUGUUCCUUAGCUUAUCUCAAGAGGUCAACCUUGCCAGGAGUGUCUCCUGGUACACGACACGCAGACAUACUCUCACCUGGAACUAACCAUGAGUUGUUCCUUCCAUCUGCUGUUUCUUGGGAUGGCUUUUGUUCUUCUGUCCGAGAUUCAAUGGACACAAUCUAGUCAUCCGAAGCCGACGGAUUCGGUGGAGCACGCCCUAGACCACAUCAACAAACAUCCUAACUCCGCCACAAUGUGUGCCGCCAUCUUGAAGUUUGACUGCAGUCAACACAUAGUCACGAAAGACGAGACAGUGUGUGGCACCGACCAAGUCACCUACCCUGACAACUGCGUGUUUGCCAAAACAAGAUGUCAGCCAUCUUCCGACAUUAAUUUGAAGCACAAAGGACCGUGUGAAGUCAAGUCAUCUCCAGCCAGUCACAUGACCACCAUCCUUCCAAGCUCUGUCACGUGGGGCCAUGACCCGGCGUAUGACCUGAUCAAGGACGUCUUCUGUACCAACAUCAACUUAAUCAAAUGUGGGGUGAACGUAGACGCUGACAUCUGCGGUUCUGACGGGAAGGUGUACACGAACCAGUGCCUGUUUGCCAAAGUGAAAUGUUUCAAGCCCGACUUGGAGCCAACCAACCCCUCGAAGUGUCAUGAGAACGGCCUCCCCUUGAAGUCGACACCUAAACCCUUUCUUGUGGGAUAAAUUCAAAUUCAUGUGACGAAAUCAAUGUAUUUUGAAAACCAAAAUAAAUCCGUAUUAACGUUGA